AUGGCUGGGGAAGAGCCCGUAGAAACUUUAAUGGACACCAGGACGGCUACUGCAGAGCUGGGAUGGACUGCCAAUCCUGCAUCAGGGUGGGAAGAAGUCAGUGGCUACGAUGAAAACCUGAACACCAUCCGCACCUACCAGGUGUGCAAUGUCUUCGAGCCCAACCAGAACAACUGGCUGCUCACCACCUUCAUCAACCGGCGGGGGGCCCAUCGCAUCUACACGGAGAUGCGCUUCACUGUGAGAGACUGCAGCAGCCUCCCCAACGUCCCAGGCUCCUGCAAGGAGACCUUCAACCUGUACUACUACGAGACUGACUCCGUCAUUGCCACCAAGAAGUCGGCCUUCUGGUCUGAGGCCCCCUACCUCAAAGUGGACACCAUUGCUGCAGACGAGAGCUUCUCCCAGGUGGACUUUGGGGGAAGGUUGAUGAAGGUCAACACAGAAGUCAGGAGCUUUGGACCUCUCACGCGGAAUGGUUUUUACCUCGCCUUCCAGGAUUAUGGAGCCUGUAUGUCUCUCCUGUCUGUCCGUGUCUUCUUCAAAAAGUGUCCCAGCAUUGUACAAAAUUUUGCGGUGUUCCCAGAGACCAUGACUGGGGCGGAGAGCACAUCUCUGGUGAUUGCUCGGGGCACGUGCAUCCCCAACGCAGAGGAAGUGGACGUGCCCAUCAAACUCUACUGCAACGGGGAUGGGGAGUGGAUGGUGCCCAUCGGGCGCUGCACCUGCAAGCCUGGCUAUGAGCCCGAGAACAGCGUGGCCUGCAAGGCCUGCCCUGCAGGGAUGUUCAAGGCCAGCCAAGAAGCUGAGGGCUGUUCCCACUGCCCCUCCAACAGCCGAUCCCCUUCAGAGGCAUCUCCCAUCUGCACCUGCCGGACUGGCUAUUACCGAGCGGAUUUUGACCCCCCGGACGUGGCAUGCACUAGUGUCCCCUCCGGCCCCCGCAAUGUCAUCUCCAUCGUCAACGAGACAUCCAUCAUUCUGGAGUGGCACCCUCCUCGGGAGACCGGUGGGAGGGAUGAUGUGACCUACAACAUCAUCUGUAAAAAGUGCCGGGCGGACCGCCGGAGCUGCUCCCGCUGCGACGACAAUGUGGAGUUUGUGCCCAGGCAGCUGGGCCUGACCGAGUGCCGCGUCUCCAUCAGCAGCCUGUGGGCCCACACCCCCUACACCUUUGACAUCCAGGCCGUCAAUGGGGUGUCCAGCAAGAGUCCCUUCCCCCCGCAGCACGUCUCUGUCAACAUCACCACAAACCAAGCUGCCCCUUCCACUGUUCCCAUAAUGCACCAGGUCAGCGCCACCAUGAGGAGCAUCACCUUGUCAUGGCCACAGCCGGAGCAGCCCAAUGGCAUCAUCCUGGACUAUGAGAUUCGGUACUACGAAAAGGAACACAACGAGUUCAACUCCUCCAUGGCCAGGAGCCAGACCAACACCGCACGGAUCGAUGGCCUGCGGCCCGGCAUGGUGUACGUGGUCCAGGUGCGCGCCCGCACCGUGGCCGGCUACGGCAAGUUCAGUGGCAAAAUGUGCUUCCAGACUCUGACGGACGAGGACUACAAGUCUGAGCUGCGGGAGCAGUUGCCCCUGAUUGCUGGCUCGGCUGCAGCCGGGGUCGUGUUCGUCGUGUCCUUGGUGGCCAUCUCCAUCGUUUGCAGCAGGAAACGGGCUUACAGCAAAGAGGCUGUGUACAGCGAUAAACUCCAGCAUUACAGCACAGGCCGAGGCUCCCCAGGGAUGAAGAUCUACAUUGACCCCUUCACUUAUGAGGACCCCAAUGAAGCUGUCCGGGAGUUUGCCAAGGAGAUUGAUGUCUCUUUUGUGAAAAUCGAAGAGGUCAUCGGAGCAGGAGAGUUCGGAGAGGUGUACAAGGGGCGCUUGAAACUUCCGGGCAAAAGGGAAAUCUAUGUGGCCAUUAAGACGCUGAAGGCCGGGUAUUCGGAGAAGCAGCGUCGGGACUUUCUAAGUGAGGCAAGCAUCAUGGGCCAGUUUGACCAUCCCAACAUCAUUCGCCUGGAGGGUGUGGUCACCAAGAGCCGGCCCGUCAUGAUCAUCACGGAGUUCAUGGAAAACGGCGCUUUGGAUUCUUUCCUCAGGCAAAAUGAUGGACAGUUCACAGUGAUCCAGCUGGUGGGGAUGCUCAGGGGCAUCGCUGCGGGCAUGAAGUACCUGGCUGAGAUGAACUACGUGCACCGGGACCUGGCUGCGAGGAACAUUCUGGUCAACAGUAACCUGGUGUGCAAAGUGUCUGACUUUGGCCUUUCCCGCUACCUCCAGGAUGACACCUCAGACCCCACCUACACCAGCUCCUUGGGAGGCAAGAUCCCGGUGAGAUGGACGGCUCCAGAGGCCAUCGCCUACCGCAAGUUCACAUCCGCCAGCGAUGUCUGGAGCUACGGGAUCGUCAUGUGGGAAGUCAUGUCGUUUGGAGAGAGACCCUACUGGGAUAUGUCCAACCAAGAUGUCAUCAAUGCUAUUGAGCAGGACUACCGGCUGCCCCCACCCAUGGACUGCCCAGCUGCUCUACACCAGCUCAUGCUGGACUGUUGGCAGAAGGACCGGAACAGCCGGCCCCGCUUCGCAGAGAUUGUCAACACCCUGGACAAGAUGAUCCGGAACCCGGCAAGUCUCAAGACUGUGGCAACCAUCACCGCAGUGCCUUCCCAGCCCCUACUCGACCGCUCCAUUCCAGACUUCACGGCCUUCACCACUGUGGAUGACUGGCUCAGUGCCAUCAAAAUGGUCCAGUACAGGGACAGCUUCCUCACCGCCGGCUUCACCUCCCUCCAGCUGGUCACCCAGAUGACAUCUGAAGACCUCCUGAGAAUAGGGGUCACCUUGGCAGGUCAUCAGAAGAAGAUCUUGAACAGCAUUCUGUCUAUGAGGGUCCAGAUGAGUCAGUCACCAACGGCAAUGGCCUGAGAACUCUUGUUUCCCGUGGGGAGGAGAGGAAGGAAAAGGACCAGGCUCAAGGGAAAACCAGAGAUGGACCACCGUGAAAUGUUUGGGAGAGACUGGCCUCUCAGCUGAGAAAUGCAUUCUCAUCCAUGAAGAAUAAACUGGACCUGUUCCUAAGAGGCAGUCUUUGUUUCUCAGCGACAGACACACAUUUAAGACGCCAUGGGAAACCAACUAUGUAAUAAUAAAAAUAUGAAAAGGCGAUAUGCUCAGAGGAAGUGAAGAGAAAACAAUAUGCAUCGGGGGACCAAGAGUGAACUCAGCCUGCACCCUCAGCGGGCUGGAGUCAUGCACCGACAGGAAGAAAGGAAAGGAGGUAAAGGGAAGAAACAGAGGCAGUUUCCCAUUUUCUUCCUCACCAAUGACGUUCUUUUCUUUUCUCCUUCUGUCCUCCUCCCCAAGAGUCCGCUCCCUUCUCCCACAUCCAUUUCCCUUUGCUCAUGACUCGUGUAGGGAAGUUUCUUCAAACAAACCCCAGCUCCUGCGUCUCCAGAUGUUCUGUCAGUUGCCAAAGGACUUUGCUGACCACUGCAUGGGGGAUCCAACCAAUUCAAUUAAUGUCUUCAUAUUGAAGAAGAGAUGUACCUUCAAUUGAAAACCUUGUUUUUCUUUUGUUUGCAUUUUCUGCAAAAAGGAGAA